AUAACGACCACCACACCCCCGUCGACAACAAUGGCGUCUCGUCCUACCGUCACCAUCGCCACGGCCGAGGGCAAGCCCAGCGGGGCCACUGCUCCCCUUCCCGCCGUUUUCUCUGCGCCCAUCCGUCCUGACAUUGUUCAGCAGGUGCACACCGGCAUUGCCAAGAACAAGAGACAGCCCUAUGCCGUGAGCGAGAAGGCUGGUGAACAGACUUCCGCUGAGUCCUGGGGUACCGGUCGCGCUGUCGCUCGUAUCCCCCGUGUCUCCGGUGGUGGUACUCACCGUGCUGGUCAGGCUGCCUUCGGUAACCAGUGCCGUUCCGGUCGCAUGUUCGCCCCUACCAAGGUCUGGCGUAAGUGGCACCAGAAGGUCAACGUUGGCCAGAGACGUUUCGCUACCGCCUCUGCCCUCGCUGCCUCCUCCGUUCCCUCCCUCCUCUUCGCCCGCGGUCACCGCGUCGCCAACGUCCCCGAGGUUCCCCUCGUCGUUGAGUCCAAGACCUUCGAGAACGCUGCCAUCAGCAAGACCAAGGCCGCCGUUGCCCUCCUCCAGGCCAUCGGUGCUGGCGCCGACCUCGUCAAGGUCCAGAAGUCCCGCAAGCUCCGUGCUGGUAAGGGUAAGCUGAGGAACCGCCGCUUCCGCCAGCGCCGCGGUCCCCUCGUUGUCUACAACCCCGAGGUUGAUGGCAAGGAGCUCGUCCGUGCCUUCCGCAACAUCCCCGGUGUCGAGACCUCCUCCGUCUUCUCCCUCAACCUCCUCCAGCUCGCCCCCGGUGGCCACCUCGGUCGCUUCGUCGUCUGGUCCUCCGCCGCCUUCGAGGCCCUUGACCAGGUCUACGGCAGCACCACCACCCCCGCCGCCCUCAAGAAGGACUACCUCCUUCCCUCCAACCUUGUCGCCAACGCCGACCUGGCCCGUCUCAUCAACUCCUCUGAGAUCCAGUCCGUGCUCCGCGCUCCCAAGGGUGAGGCCCGCACCAAGCGCGCUGCUGUCCAGAAGAAGAACCCUCUCCGCAACAAGCAGGUCAUGCUCCGCCUCAACCCCUACGCCGCUGCUUUCUCCAAGGAGAAGCUCGGCCAGAAGCCCCUUGAGAGCGGCAAGCCCGAGCGUGCCUCCAAGCAGUUCCUCAACACCCUCUACGAGGCUUAGAUGGUUCUUGGAUGACGGUGCGAUGAGUGUUUGCGUUUUCUAAUGUGGUCUUUUUUCUAAAACUGGUAGCAAGAGCAAAUGAACAGGAUUUGCAAUACCCCA